AUGGACGCUUCUUUAAUCAAGACGAUAAACAAGCUGCAGGAUGCCUUCUCGACCGUCGGUGUCCACAACCCUGUCGACCUGCCUCAAAUCGUCGUUAUUGGAUCCCAGUCCUCGGGAAAGAGCUCUGUCCUCGAAAAUAUCGUCGGACGCGACUUUUUGCCCCGCGGUUCUGGUAUCGUCACUCGUCGACCCUUGGUUCUGCAACUAAUCAACAGACCUGCACCGGCCUCUACCGCAGCCGAGAACGAAGCCGAUCAAGAGUCUGAAAAGGAAAAGAAGGAGCCUGAGGAGUGGGGCGAAUUCCUGCAUCAGCCUGGCGUCAAGUACACGGACUUUAACUUGAUUCGGGACGAGAUUGUCCGCGACACUGAAGCAAAGACCGGAAAGAAUGCCGGUAUCUCGCCCCUGCCCAUCAAUCUUCGCAUCUACUCUCCUAGUGUCCUGACCCUGACUCUUGUCGAUUUGCCUGGACUCACAAAGCUUCCAGUCGGUGACCAGCCCAAGGAUAUUGAAAAGCAGAUUCGCGAUAUGAUUGUCAAGUAUAUUACCAAGCCCAACGCGAUCAUCCUAGCCGUAACAGCCGCCAACUCAGAUCUCGCCAACUCAGAUGGUCUCAAGUUAGCAAGGGAGGUCGAUCCUGAGGGUGCUAGAACCAUUGGUGUCCUGACCAAGAUCGAUUUGAUGGAUGCUGGUACUGAUGUCGUCGACAUUUUGGCUGGUCGUGUCAUUCCACUCCGUCUCGGCUACGUUCCUGUUGUGAACCGUGGUCAGCGUGAUAUCGACACCAAAAAACCCAUCAGUCGGUCCUUGGAUGCGGAGCGGGCCUUUUUCGAAAACCAUGCAGCGUACAAGAGCAAAGCUCAGUACUGUGGAACCCCUUACCUCGCCAGGAAAUUGAACAUGAUCUUGAUGCACCAUAUCCGUAAUACUCUGCCAGAGAUCAAGGCCAAGAUUCAGGCAGCGUUGGUCAAAUAUCAGACGGAGCUGGCCAGCUUGGGCGACAUGUUGGGCGAUGGGGCCGCCGGUCAGGCUAGCAUUGUUCUGAACAUCAUCACCGAGUUCUGUAAUGAGUUCCGGACAAUCAUCGACGGAAACUCGACAGAUCUGACCUCGUUUGAGCUGUCUGGUGGUGCUCGCAUCAGUUUCGUGUUCCACGAACUGUUCUCUAAUGGCGUCAAGUCCCUGGACCCAUUUGACCAAGUCAAGGAUAUCGACAUCCGCACAAUUUUGUACAACUCUUCAGGAUCCUCGCCUGCUCUGUUUGUCGGCACUACGGCAUUCGAGGUCAUUAUCAAGCGGCAGAUUAAGCGUCUGGAGGAUCCCAGUUUGCGAUGCGUCAGCAUUGUCUUUGAUGAGUUGGUUCGCAUUCUCACCCAGCUCUUAUCCAAACAGCUCUUUAAGCGGUUCCCUCAGCUCAAGGACCGCUUCUACCAGGUCGUGACCAACUUUUUGCGCACGCAGCUCAACCCGACCAACAAACUUGUUACAGAUCUGAUCAGCAUGGAGGGCUGCUAUAUCAACACUGGGCACCCAGACUUUCUGAACGGACACAAAGCCAUGGCUGUGAUCAAUGACAGGGUGAACCAAGCCAAGAACCCCCAACCGGUAGAUCCCAAGGGUCGCAACUCUGCUAUCGCCAACCUUCCUCCAAGCCUUGAGCCCGAGCCUGCCAACAAUGGAUUCUUUGGUAGCUUUUUCUCCGGCAAGAAGAAGAGAUCCUCUGUUAUGGAGCCUCCACCAGCCGUGUUGAAGGCUUCAGGCAACUUAUCAGAGCGCGAGCAGAUCGAGACAGAGGUUAUUAAGCUGUUGAUCUCAUCCUACUUCAACAUUGUGAAGCGCACGAUCAUUGACACGGUGCCAAAGGCCAUCGUGCUGAACCUAGUCAACACGGCGAAGGAAGAGCUGCAACGCGUGCUGCUGCAGGAGCUGUACAAGACCGAGGUGUUGGACGAGCUGCUGAAGGAGAGCGAGUUCACACAAAACCGUCGCAAGGAGUGCAAGAAGAUGAUCGAAGCUCUUCAACGGGCCGACGAGAUUGUUGGAUCCGUUGCUGGCUAG